UACAGUACUUACCUUAUCACAGAUUGAGUUUGAAUAGAAUUUUACACUGACAUUGUCUAAAAUGGUUACUUUGCAAAUUAUUCUUUGAUAAUUGUGGACUAGUAACAUAUCCGUACAAAAUCGUCUGUCUCAACAAGUAUUUAUAGUUGCAUGUGCUUCUCAACCAAGCUCAAUACGUACUACCUUGUCUUACAAUUUAAACGCUAAGACCCAUUUCUCUUUCCCUCCUCAUCAAGACAAAACAAGAGAUGGAGACCUCACCAAUCCGAUGCAUCUUCUUUGUGUUUAUCAUUUUCACCCUCUUUUCGUUUUCGACUGCUGCUACAAGUAAUGGAGAAGUUGAGGACGAACGCGAGUUUAACUACAAGAAGAACGAUGAUAAGGGGCCAGAGAGAUGGGGCGAAAUUAAACCGGAAUGGGAGAUGUGUGGAAAAGGAGAGUUACAAUCUCCCAUUGAUAUGAUGAACGAGAGAGUUAAGAUUGUUUCUCAUCUUGGACGGCUUAUUAGAGACUAUGAACCUUCCAAUGCCACUAUCAAGAACAGAGGCCAUGACAUUAUGCUAAAAUUUGAAGAUGGAGCAGGAAGUAUUAAGAUCAAUGGUUUUCAAUAUGAACUCCAACAGCUUCACUGGCACUCUCCCUCUGAGCAUACGGUCAAUGGAAGAAGGUUUGCACUUGAGCUGCAUAUGGUUCACGAAGGCAAGAAUGGGAGAAUGGCUGUUGUGACUGUCUUGUACAAGAUCGGAAGAGCUGAUACUUUUAUCAGAUCGUUGGAGAAGGAAUUAGAGGCCAUUACUGAUCUGGAUGACGCAGAGAAACAUGUAAGGAUGAUUGAUCCCAAACAAAUUAAGAUCGGAAGCAGAAAAUAUUACAGAUACAUAGGUUCUCUUACCACUCCUCCUUGUACCCAGAACGUAACUUGGAGUGUGGUUAGAAAGAUUAGGACCGUGACAAGGGAACAAGUGAGGCUUCUCCGUGUGGCUGUGCACGAUGUAAGUUUUGUCUUUUCCUCUCAUCAUUUAACACUUUAA